UGUGUUUGUUGGACUCAGGGUGGCGAGGCUGCGAGUUGGCCAGGUCUGUGAGAGGCGGAGGGCGCCAGGCGCAUGGCGGAGGGGUGGUGUUUUCUGCGAUUGGAGGCUUCGUUAGAUCGAUUGCUCGAGAGAUGAUCGAAGUGGCGGGAUUGAGAGCGAUCUUGAAGAGGUUUGGGUUGUGGGUUUUGCGAAACGGGGAUGCGAAUGAGGAAUUGGUUAGUUGGUGAGCGGGGGUGGUGAUCCAAGGGGAGGUGGUUGUGGUGAGGAUAGUGGUGUGAGGGAAUGGGGAACACGAAUGGGCGAGAAGUAGGUGCUGGAGGAGGAGGGCAGCACUCGCAAUCGGCCGUAGGCGGCCAUGGCGCAGUGGGUGGGCAGCGAGUAGGGCACCCUGGAUAUGGGGUUCCACCGCCCGGGAGCCAUGGACACCCUCAAGCUCAGCAGAUGCGUGAUCAGGGGCGGCUUGGUCAUGCUCCGUCUACGGAGAGUAUGAGCCAAAGCCCUUCUGAAAGCCCCGGCAGCGCCGCGCGAUCGCCUCUCAUGUUCACUCCUCAGGUGCCUAUGGUGCCAAUCUCUAAACCAAAUGAGUUGAGUUUGGGAGGAUAUGCACAGACGCAGCGUGCUUCCCAACAAGCUUAUUAUGAGACGAGUUUGUAUGGAGAGCCUGACAAGGGGGUGGCUACUAUGAUUGUGUGGAGUCAUGGUGGCGGCAAUGUUGGUGUCAUAGGCUCAUGGGAUAACUGGCAAACAAGGCAACCACUUCAGAGGUCUGGUAGGGACUUCACAUUGAUUAAAGUUCUUCAACCAGGAGUCUAUCAGUACAAGUUUUGGGUGGAUGGAGUGUGGAGGUACGCACAUGAUUUGCCUGCAGUAUCAGAUGACACAAACAACGUAAACAAUGUGCUGGACGUGCAGGAUUACGUACCAGAGAAUCUUGACAGUGUUGCUGGGUUUGAUCCACCACGAUCACCUGAAUCCAGCUACAACGAUCCAUUGCCUGGCCCUGAAGACUUUGCCAAGGAACCUCCAACAGUGCCCCCGCAUCUCCAUUUGACGCUGUUAAACGUGCCACAACAGAAUGAAGCCUCAGCAAGUCUUCCCCGGCCACAGCAUGUAAUUUUAAACCACUUGUACGUUGAGAAGGAGAAAACCAAUCGUUCUGUUAUUGUGCUUGGUACUACAAAUCGCUUUCGAUCAAAGUACGUGACGACUGUACUGUACAAGCCCUUGAUGAUGUGAGUUUUGGAAAUGGCGGUUGUGGCGGGGCUCAUAUACAAGUUGAAGACCAACGUCCAAUUUAUUUAUAUGUAGUGUACACAUUAGGUUGUGCCUGGCAUACAACUGUGGCCAGAGCACCCCCCGCCAGAGCUCGCAGAGCACAGGUUGCAGUAAUGAAAUUGAAUUUCGAAGGCGUGAUGUGGAGACCUUAUUUCUUGAGUUGUGAUCUGAUAGAGUUGGUACUGCCUGCACAGAUGUAUAUUUAAAUCCGCAGAAGUUAAAAUUAUCUAGUUCUAAACAGCA